UCAAUGCACUGUACGCAGUUUUUUAUAUAAAGGCCACGCGGGAUGCGUGCAUUUGCCGAUUCGCAAACAAACGGCGUGAAAACGUGUAUUUCUUUGACGCAGCGCGAGUCCGUUGCGCGGAAAAAACGCGACACCGGACACCGGGUGGGCGGGCCCCUUUAAAACUGCGCCUGUCAAUCACAGCCAAUGCGAGUUGAGUGUUUUUAACGAGCGAACGAGACGAGGCGGGGAUUUUAUUUUAUUUUAAUUUGACCAAGAGUCACUUCUCCGCCGACGUCACCAUCGCCGCCCGCAGCUUCUUCUCCUUUUCCCCUCACAGCAGGGAACUGCGACCGCAGACACGACGCCCGCAAAGAGGAACACGUCGGGGGGAAAGUAAUUCCGAGGACCCGGGGGGGGGGGGUCUGAAAGCGGAACGCCGGUCCCGUCGUCGCGCUGCAGCGACCCGGGAGCCCGCACGGAACAAUGACGUGACCGACAUCGCUGGUAUUCGGGGCGAGGUGACGUAAGGACAGUGGCCAUGGUUACCGGAGAGGAGCUGGAGGAGAGGCUGAAGAAGCUCCUGGUGAGGCUGAAGAUCCCGCAGGAGGACCGGCAGCUGUGCACGCUGGUCCAGAUCCUCCAGGAUCUGCUCUUCCUCGCGCACACCGACAACGCAGCCGACCUGUUUGAGGACAAAGACGUCCACGGCCCUCUCGUGGUGGUGCUGUCGUCCUACAUCGGCAGCAGAGGAGUCCAGCAGGUGGGCUGGUCGUUGCUCUGCAGGCUGAUUGAAGUAUGCCCCCGCACGCUGGACCAGCUGACCGGGCCCCUGCAGGCGGCCAAGGACUGGGAGGUACUGGGGGUGCACCAGCAGAUCCUGAAGGCGCUGCGUCAUCACGCCGCAGACUGCCGGGUCACCGCCGUGGUGCUGCGAGCUCUGGCCCUGCUGCUGCGCUCAGACCUGAUUCCUCUGCUGCUGCUGGAAGAGGAAGAGGAAGAGGAAGAUGAGGAGGAGGAUGAUGUGUUCAGCCUAGUGCUGGAGGCCAUGAAGACGUUUCCUGACACGGAGGAGGUGCAGCUGCAGGGAUGUAGAGCCCUGCAGGUCCUGUUGGAGAGAGUCAGCGACGAUCACCUGGUGGAGUUCAUGGAGAACCGGGAUCACAUGCCGGUGCUGGCGGCCCUGCAGCGGUUCCCCGACAACCCCGAGCUGCUGCUGCUGGCCAUGAGGGUGAUGCUGCUGCUGGCCCGUCCCGGCAGCAACGUGGAGAUGUUGAUGUCGGGAGGCGCCCGGUUCUACAGCGUGGUCAUCGCCGCCACGGACGCCUUCCCCGGGGGGGAGGAGCUCCAGGAGACGGCCUGCUGUCUGCUCCGCAGGUUUACGUCAGAGAGCUACUACAACAUCCUGGUGAUGAACGGCGUGCAGAGGGUCGCGCUGAGAGCCUGCCGCGCCUUCCCGGACAACGCCAGGCUGCAGGCCGCCGCCCUCUCCUGCCUGGCCGACCUCACCGCGACCAUCGUUCAGAGCAAAGUGGUGGCCGAGCAGGGCCUGGAGGAGGGGGAGCAGGAGGAGAACCGGGGCCGGGAGGAGGUGGAGGACCUGGGCCUGGGCUGGAUGGAGGCCUGCUGCACGGCGCUGGAGCUCCACCCUGACCAACCGGACGUCCAGGAAGCCGCGAGCUGGGCCAUCCACAACCUGUCGCUGCACGGAGCCGCAGUGAACCACUCUGAAGCGGACCGGGACCAGAGGACUCCGGUCCACAGACAGCUGAUGGUGGCCAUGCUGCUCCACUCCUCCUCUCCCGGCGUGUUCCACGCCGCCGCCAGCGCCAUCGCCUCGCUCCUCGCUCGCCACGGGGAGAUGCGUUCCCUGCUGCUCUCCAGCGGCCUCCACGUCAACCUGGUGGACAUGAUGAAGAGACACUCCGCCUCGGCCCAAGUGUCCAUCAGCGCCUGUCGGCUGCUCGGCCUCCUCUUUCAGGGAAGGAACGCCAGUCUGGACGAGUUGAACAUGGCCAUGAGUCAGAUCCUCUGCGCCAUGAAGGUCCACAACUUCCAGCCGGAGGUCCAGCUGGAGGCUCUGCAGGCCAGCCUGGUCUUCCUCUGCCCAGACGGGAGUCUGAGGGAGCACGGCCUCUCGGUGGCGGACCCCGACAUGGCCGACGUGUCUCUGAAGGUGCUGAAGACCCAGUGUGUGGUGGAGGGGGCUCACACCGUCUACCUGGAGGUUCUCAACAGGUUCAUCAGCAGCGCCGUCAUUCAGAAGUCCGGCCUGAAGGUCCUGUCCGCUCUGGCCGACUGCUCCGGCGCCGUGGACCUGCUCUGCCAGCAGGGCGCCAUCGACACGGUGCUGCACACGCUGCAGAUGUUCCCGCGGGAACGAGAGAUCCACUUCUGGGGCUUCACGCUGCUCAGCCACGUCGUGUCCAAGAAGAAGCUGUCGAGGAUGAUGGUCCCCGUGCUGGCCUCCGUCGUGGUCGCCUCCCUCCUCCAGUUCCGGGACGACCCGGAGAUGCUCCUGAAGUGUUUUCAGGUGGCCCUGAGGAUGCUGGACGCCUGCUCGGGAGCCGCCGCCGAGCUGCAGAGGGAAGACUUCGACCGGCACAUCUUCCAGCAGCUCCGGGGCGAGAGGCCCGACCGCAGCAGCUGCGCCCUGCAUAAGUCGGUGUGCCUGGCGCUGUCGAAGAUGUGGUGCGACGCGCAGCUGCACCACGGCAUGCUGGAGAAGGCGUGCGAGGACGGGGACGCCGCGCUGGCCGAGUGCCUCAUCGAGCUGGGCGCCGACGUCAACGGGAAGACCAAAGCCGAGUCGCUCAUCUGCCAGGUGUGCGAGCGCGGCGGGCCGCAGGAACUGGUGGAGCUCCUCCUCGCCCGAGGCGCCCAGGAGCAGCACCUGCGCAGGGCUCUGGCCGUGAGCGUGAAGCGCGGCGAGGGGCCCACGGUCAUCCAGCUGCUGGGCCGCCUGGGCCUGGACCUCCACAACGGCGCCCUGUGCCUGGGGGGCUUCAGGCUGGGCCGCCUGGACGCCGCCUGGCUCAGCCCCCUGCUGGCGGGCCGGGGCCCGGCGCGCCGUCUCCGCCGCGACGACGGUAAAGGCGUGAGGCUGGCGAGGUACGUUCAGUCGCUCCGCAGGUCCAAGAGCGCCAGCGGUCCUCCCGGAUCCCCCGGCGAGCCCGAACUGACCUCCGGCUACAUCUCCGACGAGAGCGACGACUGCAGCUUCAGCUUCGCGUCUCUGGAGGACGGUUUGUUCUACAAAGAGGACGCGGAGAGCGAUGGAAGUGACUCGCUGUCGGCCGUUCUGUCUCCGAAGCCCCGCAGUGGCUCGACGGAGGAGGUGAGGGGGGGGUCCUUCACCAUGAAGCCGGGACGGCGCAGACACGGCAGCGCUGAGGCUGAGAAUGGUCACAGGGAUCUCCCACAGAGGAGAUAUGGAAGGACCGGCUCGAGUCCAAAAGCUGCGCCCAAAGAGGCCGAGAGGAUCGUCCUGCUGGACCUGUCGGGGAACGAGCUGGACUCUCCGUCCUGCCUGAUGGACGACGGCUCGGUCCAGCAGCAGCUGGGGCAUCUCCUGCGCCUGGACCUGAGCCACAACGCUCUGCUGGAGUUCCCCCCCGCCCUCUGCCAGAGCUUGAGGAGUCUGACCCGAUUGGACCUGCAGGGAAACCGGCUGCGGGCGCUGCCGGCGGAGCUGCUGACCCUCCUCUCGCUGAGCACGCUCAACGUCUCUCGCAACUGCGUGGGUCCCUUGCUGACCUUUGACCCCGCCGUCCGCUGCCCGUCGCUGCGGCAGCUCAACCUGUCCCACAACCAGAUCGCGGCGUUCCCUCAGGAUCUGGGCAGCGCCGCGGCCGGGCUGGAGGAGCUGUCCAUGGAAGGGAACCUUUUGACCGAGCUCCUGGCGCCGCUGUGUCUGCCGGAGAUCAGGCUGCUCGACGUGAGCAGGAACGCCGUGGAGAACAUCUCCCCCGACUUCCUGGGCGGCUGCUCCAAGCUGGAGACGUUCAGCGCCUCCGUGAACAGAAUCCGUUCUCUGUCACGCCUCCCCGCGAAGGUCAUAACGCUGAAACUGGCCGACAACCGCUUCGCCGAUGUUCCCGAGGCCGUGCUCCAACUUCCCAACUUGCGCUCGGUGGACAUGGGGACCAACCGCAUCGCCGCCCUGCCCGGCCCGGGACUCUGGGCGUCCGGCAACCUCCGGGAGCUGAUGUUCAGCCACAACGCCAUCAAAGCUCUGGACCUGAGCGGGCCCAUCCACAAGUGGUGCGGGCUGGAGAAGCUCCACCUGAGCGACAACCAGCUCACUCGGGUCCCCCAGCGGAUCGGCCUGCUGGACGGACUCACCUCGCUGGACGUGAGCCGCAACGCCGGACUGCGCUCCUUCCCCGACGAGAUGGGGCAGCUGGGCCGGCUGUGGGACCUCCCGCUGGACGGCCUGCGGCUCCAGCUGGACCUCAAGCUCAUCGGCGGCAAGACCAGAGACAUCGUCAGGUUCCUCCAGCAGCGGCUGAAGAAGGCGGUGCCGUACUACCGCAUGAAGCUCAUCGUGGUGGGGAACCCCGGCAGCGGGAAGACGGCGCUGAUCCAGCAGCUGAUGAAGCUGAAGCGCCCCCGGGUCGGCGCCGCCAAGACGGGCGCCGCGGGCAUCGACGUCCGCGACUGGAGCGUCCGGGAGCGGGACCGCAAGAGGAUGGUGCUGAACGUCUGGGACUUCUCAGGGGGCGAGGAGUUCAGUGGCUCUCACCCUCACUUCCUGACCUCCAGAGCUCUGUACCUGGUGGUGUACGACCUGAGCAGAGGAGCCAGCCAGGUGGACGCCCUGAAGCCCUGGCUCUUCAACAUCAAAGCCGUCGCCCCCCUGUCCCCGGUCAUCCUGGUGGGAACCCACGCGGACGUGAGCGACGAGCUGCAGCUUCAGGCCUGCGUGACCAAGAUCCGGGAGGAGCUGCUGAGGCACCAGGGCUUCCCCGCCAUCAGGGACUACCACAUGGUCUCCGCCUGCGAGGACUCGGACGCCAUCGCCAAGCUGCGCAAGGCCAUCGCCAGGGAGGUCACCGCCUUCAAGAUCCAGGGCCAGCCCGUGAUGGGCCAGCUGGUUCCGGACAGCUACGUGGAGCUGGAGCGCCGGGUCCUGCGGGAGAGAGCCAGGGUUCCCCCGGAGUUCCCCGUCCUCAGGCACCGGGAGCUGCUGCAGCUCGUCCAGGACAGUCAGCUGCAGCUGGAGGAGGCGGAGCUUCCCCACGCCGUCCACUUCCUGAGCGAAGCCGGGGUUUUACUGCACUUUGAUGAUCCCGCACUCCAGCUCCAAGAGCUGUACUUCAUCGACCCGCAGUGGCUGUGCAACAUCAUCUCGCAGAAACUGACUGUGAAGAGCUGCGGCCCCUGGGAGCAUCCUAAAGGAGUGGUCCUGCGCUCGGCGGUGGAAAAGUCCCUGUCUGAGAGCCAGUGUUUCCCCAAGAGCCACCUGACGCAGUUCUUCAAGCUGCUGGAGAAGUUUCAGAUCGCGCUGCCCUUCGGCGAGGACCAGCUGCUGGUGCCCAGCAGUUUGUCCAAACACAGGCCGGUGAUCGAGCUUCCCCACUGCGAGAACUCUGAGGUGAUCGUGCGUCUGUACGAGAUGCCCUACUUCCCCAUGGACUACUGGAGCCGCCAGAUCAGCCGCCUGCUGGAGGUCUCUUCCUACCUGCUCUGUGGAAGAGGAAAAGCGGUGCGACCCAACCGCAUCUACUGGAGGAGGGGCGUGUACCUGAGCUGGUCCCCGGAGGCCUACUGUCUGGUGGAGGCCAAUUCGGCGGAGGAGAGCCCCUCCUGCUUCGUCAGGAUCACCGUGCCCUCGUCGCGCAAAGGCCGGGUGCUGCUGGGUCAGGUGGUGGAUCACAUCGACUCCCUGCUGGAGGAGUGGUUUCCCGGCCUGCUGAACACGGACGUGCACGGCGGCGGCGAGCCUCUGCUGAAGAAGUGGGCGCUCUACAGCUUCGAGGACGGGCAGGAGUGGAGCAGGAUCCUGCUGGAGGACCUCUUCAGCUGCUUUGACCACGAUUGUCUGCUGGUGAACCCGGAGGACCCCGGCUGCACCCUCCCCAUCUCUCAGAUCGCUCCGGACCUGGUGCUGAGCGACCAGCCGGCGGGAACCAUGCUGGACAGCGAGGAGCUUCACAUGGACAUGUCCAAAGAGAACCGACUGGGGGACGGCGGCUUCGGGACGGUCUAUCGAAGCAUCUACAAAAACGAAGAAGUGGCGGUGAAAAUCUUCAACAAGCACGCGUCUGAGCUCUACAUCCACAGGCUCCUCAGACAGGAGCUGGCGGUGCUCGGGCGCCUCCGUCACCCCAGCCUGGUGGGCCUGCUGGCGGCCGGCUCGUCCCCCCCGGUGCUGGUGAUGGAGCUGGCUCUCAGCGGCUCGCUGGACGCCCUGUUUGAGCGCGAGCGCGGCGCCCUCAACAGGAAGCUGCAGCACCGAAUCGCCCUGCAGGUGGCCGACGGACUCGGGUACCUUCACUCGGCCAUGAUCAUCUACCGCGAUCUGAAGCCCCACAACGUCCUCCUCUUCAACCUGAAGACCGACUCGGAGCUCAUCGCCAAGAUCACGGACUACGGCAUCGCUCAGUACUGCUGCAGCAUGGGAGUGCGCAGCUCGGAGGGCACGCCGGGUUUCCGAGCACCGGAGGUCGCCCGCGGCAACGCCAUCUACGACCAGCAGGCCGACGUGUUCUCCUUCGGGCUGCUGCUCUACGACCUGCUGACCUGCGGCCAGCGAAUCUCCGACGGCAUGAAGUUCCCCAGCGAGUUCGACGAGGUGGCAGUGCAGGGCAAGCUGCCAGACCCAGUGAAACACUACGGCUGCUCCCCUUGGCCCGGCUUCCAGGCGCUGAUGAAGGAAUGUUUGAGGGACAGCCCUCAGGGUCGACCCACCUCUGCCCAGGUGUUCGACAGGCUGAACUCGGGGGAGAUGCUGUGCCUCAUGAGGGAGCUGGCGGUUCCCCGCGUGUUCAACGCCGAGUGCCUGGCGUUGAGCGCCGACCCCUCCAACAGCCACCGCGCCUGGGUGGGGGGAGGCGGCAGCGCCCGGAGGCUGGGCUCCGUCACGGCCGUCCACCUGGACGGCAGCGCCGUCGCCACGCAGGAAGUAGACACCAGCCCCGUCUUGUGUCUCGUGACGGUCCAAAUCCCGAGCGAGGCGUGCGAUUGGCUGGUAGCCGGCACGCAGUCCGGCUCCCUGGUGGUCGUCAGCACUCGGGACGCGUCGGAUCGGCACCGCCUGCAGAGCGUCACGGACGCCGUCACCUCGCUGUACUUCCACGUGCACCCUCGCCGCGCUCAGAGGAAGAACUACUUGCUGGUCGGGACGGCCGACGGAGUUCUGACCGUUUACGAGGACUCUGUCCUCAAGCAAGAGAACGGGCCUCCGGUGAAAUCGCUCACCGUGGGGAACGUCAACACGCCCCUGGUGUGCCUGGGCCAGUCGUCCCACCCGCUGGACGGCAGGUGCGUGUGGGCCGGCUGCGGCGCCAGGAUCAUCUCCUUCGCCGCCGACUACGAGGUCGGCCGCAGCAUCGACACCAGGCCCAAACUCCUGCUGCAGCAGCAGCGGCCGGCGGGGGGCGAGGCGUGCGUGUCCCGACUGGCGGUGGAUAAGUACGCGUACCUGAGCAAGGCCGGGGCCGCGAGCGUGGAGGUUUGGGACAAGAGGGGCGAGAGGAUGGUGGACCGCGUCGACUGCGCUCAGAUCAUCAGACACCACUCCGGCGACAGGAGCAGGGGGGGUGGCGGCGCGGCGGCGCUGCCCGGCGAGGCGGCGCCCCCCUGGGCCCGGGUGAAGGCCCUGCUGGUGCAGAGCGCUGCAGCUCUGUGGGUGGGCACCAGGGGGGGCCACCUGCUGCUGCUGGAGCUCUCCAAGCACCAGGUGCUGCAGGUCAUCGGCCCCUGCUGCGACUCCACCCGCUGCAUGGCCCCGGCGCUCAUAGAAACACUAAACUGGAAGAACGUGGUGCUGGUUCUGGGCAGACGGCUCCCACACGACGCCGAUCAGCUCGACCAGGAGUCGGUCCUGAUGGUGUGGAACGGCUCUCUGCCGAUGGAGGUCAGAGACCUGAGCAAACACUGUGAGAAAAGAGAGCAGAUAGCAGCCGGAAUGAGGGAGCAGCUCCUUCAGGACUGAGCCCCACACGUAGAGAGGUUUGUGGAAAAGGGAUGGACGCCCCGGUGGACCAGCAGAGCACAUUGAAGGCCAUGUUUUACCUCAUUUUCUUACUUUAUCAGCGCACUGACCAAAAAAGCAAUUGCAUUGCAAUCAAAAAAGGAUGUAAAAAAAAAAAAAUCUCUAGUUGAAGAUGAAUGAAAUAUUUUGCCAGACGUAAGCAGAGAUGUUCAGGAAGACGUCCUGCUGCCUUUUGUAGAGACCGAACUGCAGAAUGCAAACAUGGAAGGAAAGAAGCCUGUAAAAGUGUUUAUUUGAUUUAUUUAUUCUCACGCCUCGUUCACUCUUUGUAUCAAAUUAUUGAAAGUUGGAUCCUGCUGUACUUUGAUGGCUCCGUUAAUGUAAACCAACAGGAGUAGAAGUAGAUCUUUUGUUGUUUUGAUGAUGUGUGGAUUUUAUAAAUACAGAUCUGCUUCUGUUCUUUCACAUGUGAAUUUCUUUACAUUUUGUUAAUGUUAUAUUCCACUUGUGUUAUACACAUGAAGAUACAUACACCAUUUUCACGUAGAUUUGUAUUAGAAGUCUGAAACAGUCAAAUAAAGCACAGACGAGAAUAAUCACAGCA